AUGGAAGGUAACGAAACUCCAGAAAGCAUACAAUUUUUGUUCGAUAUUACAAAACAAGUUAAACAGUUUUACGAAACCACGGUAAUAUUUCUUACAAGAAAAGAUUAUUCAGAUAUCGUUUUUAACACAAUGUGUAAUAUACGUACAUAUUUCCAAGAAGGUACAAAAAGUAGCCAGAACGAUAUGAUAGAUCAUAUAGUUGAUUAUCACUUGGAAUGGCUACAUGCUGUAAAUGACAUUGAACAGUAUAAGAGACAUAUACAAGAAAAUGUUCCAAGAGAAGAAAUUUACCAAGCAGUUAGUUUUACAAUCGAUGCUAUGAACCACAGGCAUAAAUAUUACCAAAGAUACAUGGAAAAAAAUCGAUCCAAGUUAUCAAACAUUAACCAGGUCAAUUUACAUGCUGACUUGGAAAUAGUUGAAGAUAUGCACAAAGAAGUGAUUGCUAAUCUUUUGGAAAGAUUAAAAUGCUUUAGAAAUUUUACCGAUGACGAGUCUUUUAAACAGGAUGCUCUUAUGGCAGCUGAUGAACUUCUUACUUGGAUAGAUAAAAUAAACGACGGAGUAUCUAUGCAACUCACCAAAUACAUAAAUCUCAAUGUACCACAACUCACUGGAGAUUUGACUAAGACUUUGCAACAAAUUGUAGCUGAAGUGCAAACCUUAAAGUCUGAUUCAGCUCAAAAGAUGAUUGAUGAAUUAAAAGACAAGGGUAGAGAAUUGAGUACGAUGAUACGUUGCACAGCUCCUCGAUAUCUAGAAAUCAGUAAAGUGGUAGAGAAAAUUAAUAUAUUGGAGGACAGAAUUAAUCGUUUGGAAAACGAACCUUCUUCAGCGGCAGUGAUGGCACUGCAGCAUAAAAAAGAUUUUUUAGAAAAACGAUUAGCUUCUCUGGAAAACCUGAAAACUACUUUGAAGCGUUUAAAUGAAGAGAAUGAUGUUAAUUUUGAUGAUGUACCCGAAGAAGAACUAUGUGCAUGUGAGGAUUUUUUUCAACUCAGAAUCUUUAACCAUGAUCUUCCUCCUGAAGAUCGCGAACGCUUGAUUACAGAACUUUGCUAUUUAUGGGAUUUAGCGAUAUUUGGUGAUAAAAGUCAUAAAUCCAUAAUUUCUAUACUAAGUGCCGCUGAAAUGAAAGAAGAGUUCACAGACGAGCUUGGUACUUUUUACAUAGAUGAAAAUAGUCGAAAAAUAUACAAGAUUCCUGGAGACGAAACUCUUUACCAGCCUAAUGAAGCAAAUGAAUUAGUGCCUCUGUCUGAUGAUAGUGAGCACAUUUAUUACUUCGAUGAAUGCGGACGGUACUUUAUUGAUCCUAAGACAAGAGAAAGAAUUUAUAAAGCUUAUGCUACUGCCAGUGAAUAUGUCAUGGAUACGACUGGAGUGCUCCUGAAAAUAAAAGAGGAACGAGACGGAGUCACGUUCUACUACGAUAACUUUGGAAGGUACUAUAUAAACCACGAAGGGAAACAUAUUUAUCGCGAAGAAGACUCAGUUAGUGAAUUUGAAAACGAUGGUUUAGGAAAUCUUGUAAGGCUUCGAAGCCAUGCAGAUAUGUUUGAACCAUGUCCGGAUGAUGCACAUGUGACCGACGAUUUUAAAUAUUUGAAAUGUACUGUCGGUCCAGCUUUACGCGAAUGCAUUGCUGAUGUUAUCCUUCGACAACCCGCAGAUCCAAUAAAAUAUUUAUCUACGCGCCUCAUUAAGUAUAGGGAAAAUAUGGAGUUCAGAGAUAAAAUGUCAAGAGAGAGAGAAGAAGUGGAAGUGGAAAGAGAGAUAAUUCGCGCUGAAGAACGCGCAGCAGCUGAGCGAGCUGCAUUGGAAGCAGCACUACUUACACAAGGCGGCAGUGAAGCGAGUUAUGAUUCUAAUUUAUUACACUACACAUCGCUAAAGGAAGGCGACUCUUUAUCCGCUAGUACGGUAAAGUGA